AUGAAUUGCCCAUCGUUCAUUUUAAAGGACCCCUACAACGAUAAGGUCAAGAUUAGAAGAGCAAAACAUUCUCAUGAAUAUGUUGUACCAUCCCAUUUCGCCACUAUACCCACAAAUCACACCCAAUCUCGAAUUAUGAGAAAUGCGCAUAUCAAUGCACAUCUCAGAAUACCAAGCAUCAAGGAGCAGGACGAAUACGAGACCGAAGAUGAUGAUGACCAUAUGCCAAAGACUCCCAUUGGCGAAGAUGAUGAAGAUGAUGAAGAUGAUGAAGGCGAUGAAGAUGAUGAAGGCGAUGAAGAUAUACCUCUUGCAAUGCUGGCCUUUCGAAAAGGGUUUAUUGUUCCAGAUAAAGUGGAGCAUGUAUAUCCAUUGAUACAGCAUGUGCCCCAAAUGAUGAUGCCAAUAAAAAGCAACAGUAAAAACAGCAAAGCUCCAUCUCAUAACAAUCAUCGGCUUCCUAUGAUGUACAGUUACUCUGCCAUCUUGCCACCAAUGCAUUAUCCCGAGAAUCAUCCCCAACAACAAUCACGACAAUUUUACCAACUGAACCGAAAUUACUCUUACGAUGGCACACCAAGUUCCAACUCGUCUGUUUCUUCGCUCUCAUCUACUUUGGAAACACUUGCUUCAAGCAAAUGCUAUGGUCGGCAUGGUGAAUAUCAGAUCAACAACAGAGGGACAACCUCAGCGUAUCUUCAUCGAGAAAGAUCUCUUCAUAUGUAG